CUGCACUGAAACUUGAGGGGGUCGUCGGUUGAGGAGUCUUAUCCAUUACGCACGCCGUCCUUGGACCUGGAGCGCCGUUUGCGGUCCAGUCUGCGAUGUCAGGCUUCCAAUGACGUCAGUGCUCAGUAGGCCUAAAUAUUUUGCGUGUAUGAAUACAACUUCAUGCCCAUAUCAAACACAAGCAAGCCAUAGCCCUACAGACUCUAAUCAAUACUGUAGAAGUACUUGAAUACAUAUAUUUAUUCUUUUUUUUUUUUUUUUACAAAAAAAUUAAGCAAGUGCAAACCUGUGGAACAAUGUGAUGAAGUGAAAAUGUUUGUUCAUUCAGAUGUGUUGAUCUGGUGCAAUGUGUGAUUGAUUUAUUCAGACAUCUGCAAUUUCCGUGCAGGUUUGAAUCAAUUUUAAAACGCUGAUCCUUCCUUGUUGAUUUGUAUCAAAAUAAAUAUAUUCUACUAUAAACCUUUCAUUGUUUUGCCUUGUAUUAUUUAUAAAGGUGUUAUUGGUCGAGGUCAGCAUGCUGAUAAAAUGUUAGCGUUUACCAUAUCAUGCCAUUUAAACCAAUAUGAUAUUGUCACACUUUAAUUGCAUAGUUAUAUAUGGCUCUUGCUAACAUUAAGGUCUAGAUUGGGAUUUUAGAUGAGAAAGAAUCGGUGUCGGCGUGCGUUAAAGCGCGCCCCCCUCCGACUCAAAUAUUGGGGACACCUAUCGACGGGGUAGGGAGCGCGCAUCUUCUGUGCUCGAAUUCACCGAGCAGCACUCACGGUUACCGUGUGCUCCCGGAGAUCUGGGCGAGGGGAGCCAGUGGUCAGAACAGAGACGGAGGGGGAGAAAGAUGGAGGUUAGGUUUUGUGGGAGACUUCUGUGCUUGGCCGCGUUGUUCACUGUCCUAUGUGUCGCGUCUGUCUUCGGGAAACACGUCAAAGGCAUCGUCAACACCAAAGAGGACUGGGUUUUCCUCACACGCUUUUGCUUUCUAACUACAGAAGGACGCCUUGACUUUCGGUUCCGCUACUCAAAGUCUCGCUGCUGUCAGAACAUAUUGCUCUACUUUGAUGACAGCUCUCAGUGGCCAGCUGUGUACAAGAAGCCCGAUAAGAACUGUUACCAGAAGGAGGAGGUGCUCCGACCAGAGAACAACCAGGUCAUCAACCUCACCACACGCUACACCUGGUCUGGCUGUGUGGUGGAGGAGGAUGGGGACGAGGAGGUGCUCAGCUGCGAGGGCGGACGUAGUUUCCGCUCCGUCAGGGAGAGGUGGUGGUACAUUGCGCUCAGCAAGUGUGGGGGCGAGGGCCUACAGCUGGAGUAUGAGAUGAAUCUAACCAACGGACAGUCCUUCUGGACCAAGCAUUUCUCCGCGGAUGAGUUUGGUAAAGAGCGAUUAGACAGGACCGAGUGAGAGUCAACAGAGAGGACGAGGGAAAGAGAAACAUAGAGAGAGGACAAGAGAGAGAGAGACAUACAGUGAGGACGAGAGAGAG